CGGACCGGAAGUCGGAAACGCGGAACCUGCAUGUGUCCUCUAGAGUCUGUCUGUGCCUCCUAAUGAAUAGCUGUAGAAGAAUAGCCCGUAGCGACUUUAAACACGGCCUCUCCGUCGCCUUCUCUCCCGGCAAACCGCCCACAAACUGCCGCAGGUGCCCCGCGGCCGCGCCGCCCCUCGGCCGGGGACAUGCCACCGCCGCUAAACCGGCUGCGGGCUCCCACGCCGGAGACAAACCCCGGCUGAGGGCCGUCGACCUGGCGCAGAAAGUCCAGCGGCAGAAGGCGCCGCCUGCGGCCGCGGCGGAGCCGCCGCCGUCGCGCCAGCAGAAGAGGGUGACGGAGCUGAAGCGGCUGAGUCUGCAGCUGCAGGGCGUCCACCCCAACGUGCUGGCCAAGCACCUGCACAGAGGCGUCCUGUACCACGACAAAGACGUGGUGGUCAUCAACAAACCUCUCGGUGUUCCUGUCAGAGAUGACAGUGGGGCCACAUCCAUCUCCUCUGUGCUUCCCGUUCUCUCCAAAAUGAUGGAUGGGUUGAAGAUCAAGUCUGAUUCUCAGCUGUUCCCUUGUCUGAAGCUGGAGAAGGAAACGACAGGAGCUUUCCUGCUGGCCAGGAGUGAAAAAGUAGUGGAGCACAUACUGGACCUUCACAGGAAUAACCAAGUGCAGAGGAAGUACUGGGUCAUCACAGUCGGUGUCCCUGUCCCAGCAGAAGGACUGAUUGACAUUCCCGUCAUAGAGAGGGAGGUCACAGGCCCUCGGCCUCACUUCAAGAUGGCUCUCAGCCCUCUUUACAGAAUGAAUGAUACUGGCGACGGUGUGACCAAGGUCCGAGCCCAUCGGCAGGCACAUCCUGCAGCGACUAAGUACAGAGUCCUGGACAGCAGCAGUGGCUGCAGCCUCGUGGAGCUCCAACCUUUAACCGGAGAGAAGCACCAGAUGAGGGUUCACAUGGCACUUGCUCUGACGUGCCCCAUUCUGGGUGACCACAAAUAUUCCCACUCGAACAAACUUGCUCCCCAGAAAUUGCCAGACCGUGUGCUGGCAAGGCUCGGACUGGAACAGAGCAAGAUCCGGCACCUUCCCCUCCACGUGCACGCUCGACAUCUCAUGCUGUCAGGACCCAGCGGUGCGGACAUACGUGUGUCCUGUGCCCUGCCGAAGUACUUCCUACAGACACUGAAUCAACUGCAGCUAACUCUUCCUGAUGGAAAGGACUAAAAAUAACCACUCCGGUGGGGGGAGAGACUCACAAAUGUGUUUGCUCUAUUGCUCUUUGGUUCUUUUGUCUUGUUUUUGGUAAGAUAAAAAAAGAUCUAUGCUCUCCA